AAGAUGUGUUGCAUGUGGUAUAUAUGUAUGUAAUGUAUGGUUUAUGGAGGUGGUUUAUGCCGACAAGAGUACAAACAGAUGUAUAAUUUCAAAAUACAAAAUAAGCAAAGGAAAAAAGUAGUAACAAACGGACAAACCAGAGAUUACAUUACAGAUAUAGCAGAUAUAAAUACAGUGUUUAACUGUUAAAUACUUAAAGAUGACUUCAUUCGGUCGUGGACGUGGAUGGUCUUCGUUAAAUAAAGAACAGACUCUGCGUAGACCAGGAGACACAGCUUAUACUAAUACUGUUAAGGAUAUAAUAGAUAAAGUAGCUACCUAUGACACACGUGAAUGCAUCUCGCCACAGCUGAUUCAGGAAAUUAUAGACUUGCUAAUCGGCACAAUCAACAAAGACAAUUUAAAGGAUACAUGCGAUAGUCUGUGGAAGCAAGCUAUACUUUAUGACUCACUUACUAUAAAAAUAGCAGUGAUAUUCAGCGAUUAUAAGGUUGCAAUGAUAGAAGAUAGCAAUAAGGAAAUUGUACGAAGCCGUUUCUUACGUUUCCUACAAGAUAAUUAUAUGUCUAGGGAAAAAAGUAAAACAGACGAUAAGAAGACAUUUGCGAAUAUAGUCUUACUUCAUGCAGAAGUUUAUUAUCGCAUGAGAUUAAGUGAUGGAAGUAGAUUGAAUAUAUUGGCUGAACCAUUAAUUCAAUAUUUGGAAGAUCUAUUGCAAGACAAUGGUAUAGAAAAUAUUUACUUCAUCAUGAUACAGAUUCUUAAAUCGGGUAAAGAUUUUUAUGCAGUAUGUCCGAGUCGAUUAGAGAACUUAAUAUUAAUAAUUAGACAAAUGUUGGUGAAAGAAAACAGUUACAUUUCUCAGUAUCGUGCAAUGUUAUUGUUAAUCAUAGAGUUAGUCAAUAACAAUUAUGAAAUCAAGGAUGAACUAAAACAGUUUUAUAUCUCAAACAUCAAGACUAUUUCCUUUGAAUAUCCAUUUUCUCAAAAAGAAGUAAGAGUAGAGACAAAAAUUGAAACUGAUACGAAAUGUCGAGAAUAUAAUAAGCAACGAAUUAAAGAAAUAACAGAAAUAGUAGAAAAUAAUGUGUCUGAAGGCAGUUAUUCAAAAAAUCCUAAUAUUCCAAGAGCAAUACGUGGAUCAGGUGCACUAGAUACAUUAAGAAAAGGUGAUAAUAUUAAUACAAAACUUAAUUCAUUAAAAAUAUCACCAAGGCAAAAGAACAACAAGGGCUGGGAUCAUGAUGAUAGGUUUCACAAAGAUUACGAAUAAUACAUGCAUUGAACAGUUUUAUUAACUGGUGCAAAACCUAAGUACAGUUACAAGAUUUUACAAAAAUAUGAGUGCUAUGGACAUAAUAUGUUACAUAUAUUGACAUAGUUGCAUGAAAAAAACUGGGUUAAUUUUUCAGCUGA